AUGGCGUACAAUAAGGAAGCAUUGGCUCUUGUUGUUGACGUUGGUAUUGGUAUGUCUCAAGCAGCACCAGGACAUGAUACACCUUUACAAUUAGCAAGUGAUAUUCUUCAAAUGAUUGUUCAACGAAAGAUGUUUCAAGAGAGUAAAGAUGAAUUAGCAUUAAUUCUUUAUGGUGCUGAUGAAUCAAAUAAUGAUUUAGCUGAUGAAGAUAAUUAUCGAAAUAUAAAUGUUGUAUUUCCACUUUCACCAGCUAAUUGGCAUUUAUUUGAAGAAAUACAAAAAAUAAAACCCGGCAGUAAUCCAGCUGAUUUGGUUGAUGCUAUUGUUGUUGCAGCUGAUCAUCUUCGUCGUGAAACUGAAGGAAAACAUGGUUUUGCUGCAAAACGUGUUAUGUUAUUUACAAAUGCAGCAACAACAUUUAGUGAUCAUAGUCUUAAAACAAUUCUUGAUUCACUUCGACGUCAAGAUAUUAUUGUUGAUGCUAUUGGACCAACAUGGGGUCAACCAGAUGAAGAAGAUGAAAAUGAAGAAAAUCAUCCAAAUUCACCUAUGGAAACAAAUGGACAAGAGAAUGGUGAUGAAAAUUCUGAUGCUGCUCGUCCAACAACAAAUGGUUCUCGUCAUCAAACUCCAAAAAAACCAUUAACACAGCAACAACAAACUGGUAUUCGUGUUAUUGGUGAAAUUGUUAAUACAACCGAAGGAACUUUAUUUACAUUUCGUGAAGCAUUAACUAUUCUCAGUGUUCAUCAAUCAAAAAUUGUUAAACCAACAGCAACAAAAUAUAUUAUGCAAUUAGCUGAUCUUCAGUUACAUAUUUGCACUUAUAUUCAGGUUAAAGAUAAUAAGCCAGGAAUAUUUCGUUUAAAAAAAGUUUAUGCACGUGAUCCAACAACAGAAAUCAAAGUUGAUCGUGGUCGUUAUACAAAAGAUGAACAAGAUCAAGAAAUUGAAAAAGAAGAAUUAACUGAUGGAUUUCGUUAUGGUACUACAUUUGUACCUAUUAAUAAAGAAACACUUGAUGAAAUGAAAUAUCAAAGUGAAAAGUGUUUUGCAGUUAUUGCAUUUUCUGAAGCUAAUAUGAUGCGACGAAGUCUUUACUUAGGUGAUACUGUCUAUGAAGUUAUUGCUGAAUCGGGUUUUGAAGAAGAAGCUCAAGCAUUUGCUGGUCUUGUUCAAGCAAUGUAUGAAACAAAUACAGUUGCUAUUGUACGCAAAUGUUUUAGUCAACGAAGUGCUCCGGAACUUGGAUUUUUACGUCCACAUAUUGCACAUGAUCAUAUUUGUAUGUAUUAUGUUAAAUUACCAUUUGCUGAAGAUUUACGUGGAUUUGAAUUUGAUAAUCUUGAAGCAACAAAACGAAAUCAAGUAAAUGAUGAACAAUUAAAAUGUAUUGAUAAUUUAAUAACAACAAUGGAUUUAACACAUGCUGAUCGAUGUGGUGAUGAAGCAUUUCGACCAGAACUUGUUUUUAAUCCAUAUAUUCAACGAAUGUUUCAAUCUAUUGCUCGACGUGCUGUAACACCUGAUGAACCAUUAUCUUUAUCGAACACAAUCAUGGAAAUGAAUGAUACAUUAUUACGAUCAAUAACUGGUAAAAGUAAACGAAUAUUAAAUACCAUUCAUGAAAAAUUUGCUCUUCGCGACACUGAUCGCCGACAAAAAAUUACUACAGGUGAUGCACUUUUUGGCAAUGUUGAUAGUGCGGCGAAAAGAGCUCGUCUUGAUGAAAAUGAAAAUAUUGAAGAACCAACAGCAACGACAGCUGAUUCAGCAUCAUUUGAAUCUCAAGCAGCAGCUAAAAAGAAAGCAGCAAUACGAAAUGUUGGUACAUUAACACCCGUUGAAGAUUUUAAACUAUUAAUUGAACAAGGUUCACCAUCAUUUGCUGAAGUAUGCAAACAAAUGUGUAAUAUUAUACUUGAACUUGUUCAUAAUUCUCAUGGUGACGCAUUAUUUGAAAAAGCUUUUCAAUGUUUACAAUGUCUACGUGAAAUAUGUAUUAAUAAAUUAGAACCAAAAAUUUUUAAUGAUUUAGAAUCAUUACUUAAAAAACAAGCAUCAACAAUUGAUGGACGUAAAGAUUUUUGGCAAAAAAUUAUUGAUGAAAAAUUAAGUUUAAUUACAAACGAAGAAUGUGUUGAAUCAAAUGUGAUACCAAUUGAAGCAAUUAAAUUUCUUGAAGAAGAAAUACCAGCUGAAACAAUCGAUAAUGCAGCAACAACUAAUGAACAAGAUGGUGAAGAUGAAGAUCUUUUCGAUCUUAUCUAA